UUGUAUAUUAAAGAGAUGGUCGUCUACUCAGCUUUUUUCUUAGUGUUUCUCUGCUUCAGCCGACGUAACCUGCGACCAUGGUUCACGUUAGUUUUUACCGCAACUAUGGGAAGACCUUCAAGAAGCCUCGUCGUCCCUAUGAGAAGGAGCGAUUGGAUGCUGAGCUAAAGCUUGUUGGAGAAUAUGGACUGCGGUGUAAGAGAGAGCUAUGGAGGGUGCAGUAUGCAUUGAGUCGCAUCCGUAAUAAUGCCAGAAACCUUCUCACUCUUGACGAGAAAGACCCACGCCGAAUCUUUGAAGGUGAGGCCCUUCUCCGCAGGAUGAAUAGGUAUGGGCUUUUGGAUGAAAGCCAGAACAAGCUUGAUUAUGUCCUGGCCCUUACUGUGGAGAACUUUCUUGAACGCCGGCUUCAGACUCUUGUAUUCAAGGCUGGCAUGGCCAAGUCGAUUCACCAUGCUCGUGUGCUCAUCAGGCAGAGGCACAUUAGGGUUGGAAGACAGGUGGUCAACGUGCCGUCCUUCAUGGUGAGAGUUGACUCACAAAAACACAUUGACUUCUCCCUUACUAGUCCGUUCGGUGGUGGUCGUGCUGGGAGAGUGAAGCGAAAGAACCAGAAAGCUGCUGCGAAGAAAGCUGGUGGUGGUGAUGAAGAGGAGGAUGAGGAUUAAGCAGUUGCAUUGAUAAAAUGCAUAAGAUGCAGAGCUCACGGCUAUUUUCUUUACUCUUUUUGAAAGAGCCAUCAUGUUUGCAACUCCAAUUUUAGUUUUGGUGACAUCCAUCCAUCUCCAUUUCUCUGUUUUCUGCCUUUUUGAUACGAAAUGUUAAGAAAGAAUUUUGGGUUUGAGUUGCAUUCUUUGUGCAAUGCGAUGAUCGGUCUUAUAUGGUUUA